GUCCCACAUUUAGUUCGGGAAUCGUUUAGUAGCUUUGGCGAGAUGAGUGUUUGCAGAGUGCUCCUGCUCAGCAUGAGCGUCGUGCUGUACACGUCAACGGUCGUCAGUGGUGCCGCGAAUUCUUCAAUCACCGGGUAUGGGUACGAGCUGUUAUCGGCCAAGUUGGAAUAUCUUCAGUACAAACUGAUCGAGAUAGAUUUCGCGAUGAAGGAGGAUCGAGAGUCAACCGACCAGAAGCUGUCCAACCAGGCGACGCUUUCCGACGGAUUGCUGUGGACAUUGGGCCAGCUUAGUCAGGCGUUAGGUCACAAUCUUACGGCCCUGCAGACGCAAUCGAGUAAGCUGCUUUCCCAACAGGCAGCCUGUGCUAGUCACGAGCAGAUGAGGAAGGAAAUCCAAAGGAUCGCACCCAAGGAAGGACAGCUUCCAAGGGCUUUAUUUACGUCGGGUCGUCCGAGUUUUUCGUACCGAUCGUGCAGGGAAGAACCAUCGAAACAGACGGGCAAAUAUCUGAUCCAGCCAACGCUGCACGACGAACCGUUCAUGGCGUACUGCGAGCAAACCCGGUUCGGUGGUGGUUGGCUUGUGGUUCAGCUACGCUUUGACGGUUCGUUGGACUUCCAGCGUAACUGGACGGAAUAUCGGGACGGGUUCGGGAGCAUCGAUCGUGAGUUUUGGAUCGGACUGGAGCACCUGCAUCGAAUUACGUCGGAGCGGCCCCACGAGCUGGUGGUUGAGUUGGAAGAUUUCUCCCGCAACUACAUCUACGCUCGGUACAAGGAGUUUGAGAUAGGCAGCGAAAAGGACGCGUACAGGUUGAAGAAGGUAGGUGCGUACUCUGGGACGGCUGGGGACUCGUUGAUAUACCACAAGGAUUCAAAGUUUUCGACGCUCGAUCGUGAUAACGAUGAAAACGAGAGCGAUAACUGCGCUGUGCUGUAUCAUGGUGCUUGGUGGAACAAAAACUGUCACUACUCGAAUUUGAACGCUCAGUACAAUGAGGGUGUGGAUGCAAAGCUGACCAACUGGUACUACUACCAGAAGAAUCAUCUCGGGUUGGCGUACACAAGAAUGAUGAUCCGUGAAGUGUGUUAAACUGGGGAUGAGCUUUUUGUUUGAAUAAAAAUGGAAGAAGAAAUGGUCAAGACGAA